CCAAGCCCCUCAUCGCUCGCUUCGUUGCACAAGGACAUCCCAGCACACAUCACUUUCUACAUCAACCCAAUCGACUAGUACACUACAAUGGAGGACGAAGUCGCUGCUCUUGUUAUUGACAACGGUUCCGGCAUGUGCAAGGCUGGCUUCGCUGGUGACGAUGCCCCCCGUGCUGUGUUCCCAUCCAUCGUUGGUCGUCCUCGCCACCAGGGCGUGAUGGUGGGAAUGGGUCAGAAGGACUCUUAUGUUGGUGACGAGGCCCAGUCGAAACGUGGAAUCUUGACCCUCAAGUAUCCCAUCGAGCAUGGUAUUGUCACCAACUGGGAUGACAUGGAGAAGAUCUGGCACCACACCUUUUACAACGAACUUCGUGUCGCGCCAGAGGAGCACCCGGUCCUUCUCACGGAGGCCCCUCUUAAUCCGAAGGCUAACCGUGAAAAGAUGACUCAGAUCAUGUUCGAGACUUUCAAUGCACCAGCGUUCUACGUCGCCAUUCAGGCCGUUCUGUCGUUGUACGCCUCCGGCCGUACAACGGGUAUCGUCCUCGACUCCGGUGAUGGUGUCACGCACGUGGUGCCCAUCUACGAGGGUUUCGCGCUUCCCCACGCUAUCCUCCGUAUCGACCUCGCUGGCCGUGAUCUCACGGAACUGCUCGUCAAGAACCUGAUGGAGCGCGGAUACCCCUUCACCACCACCGCCGAGCGCGAAAUCGUCCGUGACAUUAAGGAGAAGCUCUGCUACGUCGCACUCGACUUCGAGCAGGAGCUCCAGACUGCUGCGCAAUCGUCCGCUAUCGAGAAGUCGUAUGAGCUCCCAGAUGGUCAGGUCAUUACCAUUGGCAAUGAACGUUUCCGUGCGCCAGAGGCCCUCUUCCAACCUGCGUUCUUGGGUCUUGAAGCUGCGGGUGUUCAUGAAACGACCUAUAACUCCAUCUAUAAGUGCGAUCUCGACAUUCGUCGUGAUCUCUACGGCAACAUCGUCCUCUCCGGUGGUACCACCAUGUUCCCGGGUAUCGCUGAUCGUAUGCAAAAGGAGCUUACUGCCCUGGCGCCUUCAAGCAUGAAGGUCAAGAUCGUUGCUCCUCCUGAGCGCAAGUACUCUGUCUGGAUUGGUGGCUCCAUUCUCGCGUCGCUGUCUACUUUCCAGAACCUCUGGUGCUCGAAGCAGGAAUACGACGAGUCUGGCCCUGGUAUUGUUCACCGCAAGUGCUUCUAAGCGCCGCACGAAAAGUGAUGGAGAGGUUAAUGAAAGUCGAUGCAGUAGAAAUCCACAUACGCUACGUUACGCCCUCGGUCACCUUUCCUCUAGUUCCAGUGCACGGUUUCGGCUCUAUCUUGACACCUUCUGUUUUGCCGUAUUCCCGUGUUGGGUGAGGUGCGGUUUUACAUAGUUGAACGCGAAGAAGUAUUACGGAAUUUGUAAAUCAAUAUACUACUGGUACGGACUCGAG